AUGGAUGAGGGAAUUGUUGAGUUAAGGUGUAGUUCUGGUAUCAACCCAGUCCCAUGGCUUCCAACCCGAAUCAGUGUUGUCAGUAGCGACCAUAGCGAUCGCUAUAUUGACAUUACUGGUGAAGAAGUUCAAAAGAAAAGGAAACGCAAACACUCAGCUACGAGAAAGGAUGCCACUGUCGAAUCGAAUAUCGAGGAGACGAGUAUUCCUGAUGUCAAUGUAAAUGCAUCUAAUGCGGAUACAAACAUUUCUACUAGUGAGCCAAUCAUUACUUCUCUUCCUGAGAAGAUUGGAGCUACACCAUAUGAAGGCCAAGAAUCGCCACCUACCGAUGAAGAUGAAACGAUCGGAUUUGCUGAGCUUGAGUUUAAUCAUGAAGAAGAUAUAGAUGACAACAUGAUUAUGUCAGGAAAGCAGUAUAUGAUUCUCAAUUCCAAACUCAAAGCCAUUGAUUAA